ACAAACAUUUAAGAUCCAGGAGAGCAGUUUGGAGUUUAUUGAUGUCACCAUUUCUGAAGAUUAUCCAACACCUUACCAAAGCGUCUGUAGUGACAACAUUCUCCCUUAACAAACUACUUGUGUUGGGUAAAGUCCCUGUCUGCAACACAUCUACCCAUUCAACACAUCAACUUGGCCAGACCUUUCACAACGUGUCACAGCAGUCCUCAGAAUCGCCAUAUUCAAUCAUGUCUGAUAAAGUACAAAAGGCAAGGGAGGCAACUCUAUGGGGAAUGUUGAUCGCUGAUGCCCUGGCCAUGCCUGUCCACUGGUAUUAUAACCCCGAUGACAUAAAAAAAGGUUACGGAGGGUGGCUGACAGGUUACAGAGCACCCGAGAAACAUCAUCCAUCAAGUAUACUCACAAUAUCAGCAACUGACAACAGUGGAAGGACCGGCUGGGCUGAGAAAUCUAAACCAGUGAUUGGCGGUGUGAUCCUCCAUGACAAACUUAAGUACUGGACAAGUCGAGAUAAAUCGAUACACUACCACCAGGGAAUGAAGGCAGGGGACAGUACUCUAAACUCCUUGAUGGCGAUACAGAUGCUAAAAACAAUGACAACACUUGACCCGACCAAUGUCAUGGACGACCGUGAAAUGAGAGGCCAUGUUCUAGAAGGUUAUGUUCAGUUUAUGACAACACCUUCUUCACACAACGAUACCUAUGCCGAAUCCUUCCAUCGUGCCUUCUUCAAAGAUUGGUCAGCAGAGAAAAAUCCUCCAAGGUCUUCCUCAGAAUUGUUAACAUGGACUGAAGCAAGAUACAUAAGGAAGUCCAAGAGCUCUUCUGAUCAUCAGCUUGUAGUCAUCGGAGCCUUAGUGCCUGCUAUCCCAUGGGUGAUACGAAAUGCUCACAAGACCGAGUCAGAGUGUGCAGUGUCCGCUGUGGAAUUCAUCAAACUUUCCCAUCCCGAGCCGGGACUUGUGCCAUAUGUAGACAUGUAUGCAAGAUUACUUCAUAGUGUCAUCAACGGCAAUGACCUUGAUCAAGAGGUCAACAAGUACAUUGAGCUGUCAGAACUUGGAGGGUCAAGGCAGAAAAAAAAGAUGAUGCAGGGAUUUCUGGAGAAUGCUAACAAGUAUCCCCAGGGAUCAGAGGGCCAGUUAGUAACGUGUCAGUCAGCUGUUGGUCGUCUGGGCUCUGCUUGUUAUAUAGAGGGCGCCAUGAGUAGUCUCCUCUUCCUUACAACACAAUUCAAGGACAACUUCAACAUGGGUGUUCUAAUGAAUGCAAACUGUGGAGGUGAAAAUUGUCACCGAGGGGCAGCAAUGGGGGCCCUGCUGGGGGCAGCAUCUGUUUAUCAUGGACAAAGUAUACAGCCUUCUCUAAAAGAUGGUUUAGGAUCAGCUAGGGAAGGACUUCUUCAGGUGCUGAAAGAUCUCUCAAGUCUUUAAUGAUAACUAAAUUAGAUUUUACAAGAAUUCCCUUUCUAGUAUUUAUAUGUGUUGAUUAAUGAACUGUAAAAUUCUUUAGAAGAAAGGAUUUUCAUCUCUUAUUAUAACCAGUGAUGUACAUUGGCUCACAACGCAUGAACUAUCACACAACCUUCAUUUCAUGUGAUAAUUCAUUAUUAUCUGAUAUUAUCAUUUCAGAGGAUUUUCUUCAGAAAUAAAUUCCCAAGGUGUU